AUGGGGGGCCCCCUAGUACCCUCGGGGAAACCGCCAAAGGGCUCCUUGGGGGUCCGCUGCUUGCUGCUGCUGCUCCUGCUGCUGCUGCUCUGCCUACCCAGCUUUAUCGUGUCUCUACAAGAGCAGCAAGAAGCAACUGCAGCAGCAGCAGCAACAGCAGCUGAGCAAGAGGCAAAGUCCGCCACCUCCAAAGACAAAGCGCAGCCAGAAGCAGCAGCAGCAGCAACUGCUGCUGCUGCUUCUGCUACCCCAGCAGCAGCAGGGCAAGCAGCAAAUGCCCAGCUAAAGAUUAACAACAUCGGCAGCAACACGAAGGAGAAAAGCAGCAGCAAAGGCAGCAACGGCAGCAAGAACAACAAUGACAAAAGCAGCAGCAGCAGCAGCAACACUAACCGCACCAGCGGCAGCAACAGCAGCAGCAACAGCAGCAGCAGCAGCAGCAGCACGAGCGAUAGAUUCGCAGAGGCAGCUCUCCCUGUAGGGUUUAGGGAACCCUUGUCUUUAUAUCCUCAUAAAUCAGAGGCAGUGUUUAAUAAACUUGCUGCAUGCGCAGACACAGAUCCAAGGUGUCAGUAUGAAUUAUCAAUAUUUUAUUUCUUAGGGAGGCCCCCUCUCCCCUCUCGCUACAUAGAGGAGACACUGCAACUGUUAUGGUUAGCAGCAAGAGGAGGGAGCGCAGAUGCACAAUAUUUCUUAGCUGUUUUGUAUCAUAAUCUAUAUUUAUUACCUAAAGAACCUCCUCUUAUUAAAUUAGAUUCUCCAUUAAGGGUAGUAGUAAGAGAUGACUAUAAAUUAUUAUUUUUUAAUGGAGGAGGUAGGAGGGGCCCCCGACAGCAGCAGCGAGGUACCUCUAGGGGCUCCGGGACUGCCGGAGGAGGAGGUACCCACAAGGAGGGUACCAAGAGGGGGGCCCCCAAUGAUGAUGAGGGGGCCCCCAAGACAGUUGCACAGGCUAUGCAGCUGCUGCUUACUGCCCCUGAUCUAUCCUUUAAUCCUCCAUUACCUCUGGUGUAUCUGCAUGCAGCAGCAACAGCACUACAUCCUGCUGCUGCUGCUGCUGUUGCUUGGAAGAAACAGUAUGCUGCUCUUGAUGGAUCUGUUGGGCAGCAGCAGCAAGCUUGUGCUGCUGCUGCUAAUCAUUACCUCCCUGUUGCUAAGGCCACUGCAGGGUUAUACUCGUUGGGUAUACCCCAAGCAAUAGAGGUAUUAAGAUUAUCUACAGGGAGUUCUUCCCUCCAAGGGUCUGACGUACAGCGACUAAGUACAGACCCUGAGCAAUUAGCUAUGUUACUCCAUGAGGCAGAAGACGGAAAUCUAGCGGUACAUGCUGCACUAGGGAGGAAGUAUCUCUUUGGUGUUGAUGGAUUUCCUCAGAACUUUACUAAAGCAAGAUAUCAUCUUCUUGCUGCUAGCAAGAGUUGGAAGGGGGAAUCCAAGGGUUUAUUAGGGUAUAUGUAUGCCUUGGGGUUAGGAGUAGAGCAAGACUUAAAUGAGGCAGCAGAGUGGUUCUUUAGGGGAGCAACAGAGAAUGAAGACCCUAUAGCUUAUAAUGGCUUAGGUCUUGUAUAUUUCUUCGGUACUCCUCUUAUAGAAGCAUCGCCAGCCUUAGCCUUCGAGAUGUUUAAUAAAAGUGCAACAUUGAAUUCUCCUGAUGGACAAUUAAACUUAGCUUCUUUAUAUCUAACAGGAACAGGUGUAUCGAAAUCUUUUGUUGAUGCAUUAAAAUGGUUAACAAAAGCAGUUAGAGGAGGGAGUACAGGUGCAGCAUAUGCAUUAGGGACUAUGCAUCUAUCGGGUCUAGGGGCAGUAAGGGACUGCCCCCUUGCUGUAGGCUUAUUAAAACUCGCGACGGAGAGGUCCCCUUACUUCGCCCAUACGCUGCAACGGGCGCAUGCGGCUUACGAGCAAAACGCAUUUGACGAAGCAGCCUUAAAUUUCCUUCUUCUUGCAGAGGCAGGGCAUGAGGCUUCACAAAGUAAUUUAGCUUUCUUGUUGGAUGCGGGCCUUACGGACAUCUUCUUCGAUGGGACCCUAAGAAGGAAGCGUCUGCAUGCUCAGAGGUUUUACGAGAUGGCAGCAGCACAAGGCGCGCUGUCUGCCCAGCUAAGACUGGGGGACUUCGCUUACUAUGGCUACGGCGUCCGUCGCCGCAGCGCGACCAUGGAUUAUCCAAAAGAAUUUGUUGAUGAAAAAGGCGCUUCUUUUGAGGGUUGGUUGUCUCAGCCUAAGCUUUGGUUAGAGGAAGGGGUUAAAGACUUUGCUGAGGCGGCAGCGUUCUACCGCAAAGUCGCCGACUCCGCGAGUUGGGGUCCUGCCCUUGCUGCUAAGGCGAGGUAUAACUUGGGUACAAUGCAUCUCUUUGGCAUAGGAGUGCCGCAGGACUUAUACCUGGCUAGCCAUCAUUUUAAGAGGCAAGUGAGUCUUGAAGCAGACGAGCACGCACCCACCGCUCCUGUUUAUGCUGGUCUUGCUGCUGUUUAUUUUAUGGACUUCUUAGAGAGAGUUGGGCCUGCAGAGUUGCUGAAUUCCUUACUACUAGAGCCGAGGGUUUUGUUUUUACUUCUUAAUCUUCUUGCCAUGAUGAUUUUGCUCAUCUUACGUGCUAUCUUACAGUCACUGAGGAGAGAAAGGGGACUAACUGAUCAAGCCUUCAUUGCUGCUGCACAGAGGGGCCCUGGCCAAGCAGCACAAGCAAGGGAGCAGCUGCAGAGGCAGCAGCGGCAGCAGCUGCUGCAGCAAAACCGGCAGCAGCAGCCGCAGCAACAGUCGCCGCCGCAGCAGCAGUCUCAGACCCAGCAGCAGCAGGAGAAGCAGCAGCAGCAGUCUCAGACCCAGCAGCAGGAGGAGGAGCCGCAGGAGAAGCAGCAGCAGCAGCAGCAAACUCAGCAGCAGACGGCUAUGCAACAGCCAAAGCAGGAAGAGCAGCAGCAGCAGCCCAAACAGCAGCAAGAGCAGCAGGAGGAGCAGCAGCAGCAGCCGGCUGUGCAGCCACAAAAGGACGAGGAGAAGCAGCAGCCAGCUGUGCAGCAAGUUAAGCAGGAAGAGCAGCAGCAGCAGCAGCAGCCGCAGCAGCCAACGCAGCAACCGCAGCAGCCAACGCAGCAACCGCAGCAAGAACCGCAGCAACAGCCAACGCAGCAACCGCAGCAAGAACCGCAGCAACAGCCAACGCAGCAACCGCAGCAAGAACCGCAGCAACAGCAGCAGCAGCAGCAGCAAGAGCCGCCGCCACAGGCGCCUCAAGAGCAGCAACAGCAGCAGCAGCAGCAGGGAAAGAGCGUGUCUGCUCCCCAGAAUGAUGAUCAGCAGCAAUUAGAGCAGCAAGAGCAGCAGCAAGAGCAGCAGCAGCAGGAAGGGCAAUCACAUGCAGCAGAAAGCAGCAGCAAAGGAGAAGAAGCAGAAGAAUAUCCCAUGACCCCUCUACCUAACAGCAGCAGCAGCAGCAGCAGUAGCAGCAGCACUAGCAGCAGCAGCACGAUUAGCAACGGUUUGUCUGGGGUAGUGAAUGCCUCUGUUGAUGCUAAUAGAUUUGCCAUGAACGGCACUGACGAUUGCAGCAGCAGCAGCAGCAACAGCAGCAGCAGCAGCAGCAACAGCAGCAGCAGCAGCAGCAAUGCACAUAUAGAUGAGGAUACACCCCAUGAUUUUUGUAUGAAUCGUGAUUUUGUGCCUCCUUCUUCCUUUUAA